UUCUACAACAUUGCAAAAUGAAGGUUCUUUCGAUCUUAUUGUUGGCCGCGCUAAUGGCAACAGUUUCCGCCAAGCCCCAUGGUGGCUGGAAGGGAAGUCUCACUGGCCACUGGAGAAUCAGCGGAGGAAGUUCGAGGGCCAACGAAUGGGAACCCAUUAUCGCCCAUCAUGACAAUAGUCACGAAAAUUCCAAGGAAGACUCAUCAGAGGAGAGCGCUGCUGUGCCGAGCACCACCCAAUCCCCUUUACAGCCAGAGGAUUCCACCACUGACCUACCAGUGGAAUCGACACAGGCCCCAGAUGAGUCCACAACUGAUGCCGGGGAGGAAGACUCUACCACCCAAUCUUCUGAAGAGCCUGAGGAGUCCACAACUGACUCUGAGGAGGGUAGCGGAUCCACGGACGAAAGUACUGAUGUUACGGACGACGAAACGACUACCCAGGUGCCUGAUGACACCACAACUGACUCCGAGGAGGGCAGCGGAUCUACGGAAGAGAGCACUGCUGUUACGGACAACGAAGACUCCACCCCCACUGAAGAGCCCGAGACAACUUCCUCAUCCGAGGAGGGCAGCGGAACCACACUCGGAAUUGUCGCAGUCUAAGCUUCCAAGCAUGAGUAAAGUAAAUGGUUUAGCCAUAGUUCUACGAAAUACUACGAGUAUAUAAAUGAACCUCCUAUGACAAUAAUGUUUUGCGGAAGUUCCCUUUAAAUAUAGUAAUUACAAACUUAA